UCGUAAACUUGUGGUGAACUCAUAAUAUGGGUUGUGUUUUGUCUGACUGGGUAAUUCCUGGCAACCACCCCAGUCCAUAACAGGGCCGUUCCUCUUCAGCUCGUCCCUCAAGUCACAUUCUCCGGUGCCCACAUCUCAAAGCCACUCCAAUCGAUCUUUUUCAGCUCCAGCUCCCCCAUCAGCUUGGUGGAUGUCAAGAAAUAGAACUUGCUUAAAGGCAUGGCGUACCAACCUGAGCGCGUAGCCUUCCCCUCCCCCAGACUGCGGCAGGAUAUCUCGACUCCGCCUUCCGCCAGAGCCCUGGGUCCUCCACUGGGCCAAACCGUUGGUAAAGGGGCUUACAAGACAGGCGGUUACUCAGGGCACCAGGGACCUAGCGAGAAAGAGAGGCAUCUCCCACAUCACAGCAAGCCAGUAGGCGUAGAACCCACGAAGCUCUAUUAUGGUCAGAGUAGUAAAGGCCCCAGGAGCCAUGCCAUGGCAGACUUGCCGCCAAUAUCGACAGAAGACGACAUGGAUGUGAUCCUCAGUGCCUAUAGCUCGGACUUGGUAUCAUCGCCCCAGCAGAUAUCUGCCCGAACAGGAGGCUCCCAUACCUCCCAGCGGUACCUCUCACCUACCUCCUCACCUGCCCUUACACCAUCAGCCCAGCAGAGUCCAGCUAGCCAUGCCGGACCUAUAACAUCCACGUCAAACCCUUCUUCUCUAUCACCCGAACAUUACCCGCCCUCUUCUUCACCUCUACCGUCGACUUCCCCAAGCACAAAAGGCUCGGGCUUCCCCGGCUCCCAGGUCUCACCACCGACCGCUCCUUAUCUCAACGCCGAUCUGGUCAAGUUGAAAAUAGGUUCACAAACCGACCUGCCUUUCACCGAUGAGCCUGCGGCAUACGCACCCUCCAUCGUCUCCCCAAAACCAACGUACCUGUCUUCCGGCGGCCCCGGCGGAGACACAAGAUCGACGUAUCUCUCUUCGCCUUCGCAGGUUUCGCUCCCGGGGCUGACUCCACCACCAUCUCCGAGUCCUUCCUCGCCUCCGCCACGGUUGAGGCCAGAGGCUGUAUCGCAUGUGGAACAUAAGGUUCAAGGGAGGGAGCAGCUCGUUUCGAGGGAUAUCCUCGACCCCACAUUGAGGUCUACACUUUUGAACUUUCACGUCCCUCACCAAAUCUCCAACAUUGCCAAUGUAGCUCUCUCAGGUCUCGCUUCCGGGCCCAAAACUCGUUUCAACACGACCAUAGGUGUUCCGAUAGACGGGCUUGCGAGGGAUCUGAAAGGGCUAGGAUGGAAGGUUGAGGGGCGGUAUGAAGCGGAGCAUGGAGGGGUAGAAGUCAGCAUGGGAGUUGUGAGAAGUGGGAGGCAAGAGGGUGAGAAGAUGGAAAGGAUUGAGAAGGUCGAUGAGAAGAAGAGUGAUGCAAAAGAGAAGAAGAACAAGAAGACGGGCGAGAAAGGCCGCAAGAUGGCAAGGGUCGAGGUGGAGACGAAAGGCGGUGGGAUCUUGAUUGAUAUUACGGAGAUCGACAAGCACAGGCAGAUUGAUCUCCGGAUAGAGACAAAGACAGGUGAUGUCCUGCUACUGUUACCGGACAAUUUUCUCGGUCCUAUCCACGUCAAAUCCCCUCACCCACCUGAAUUCCUCCCCGCCCUCCUCCCACUCCUCAAACCAACCGCCAAUCCAUAUCAGAACCUACACACGACCUACAUGGUCCCCAUUGCGCUCUCAUCCAAAGCCAAUUCAACCCUUCCCGAACAUGCCGCCGCGCAGCAGAUCGACAAGUAUGUCCCAAAAGUCCUCAGAAAGGAGAGCGACAUACUCGACCAGUUGACGGGGGGCUAUGUGAGUCAUGUGAGGAAAGGGUGGAGCAAGGUGGUGGUGACCAACGGUAAAGGGCGUGUGGUGGUGGGCUUGAGGGAAAGUGGGGACGUAAGGCUCGCGAGAGGGAUGGGGUUGAAAGUGGGGCGCGAGGGUGUCAAGGAAAAGAAAUGGUGGCAGUUGGGGUCUUGAAAGAUACAGUUUGAUAUUAGUACUCUCGUUGCCCAUGCCCACGUAGGAUGUAGAUGCAAUGCAUUAAUGUCGGU